CUGCAGGAGAAUCCUCGGCCUUUGAAAAAGGGGCCAUUGCUCCUUGCUGAUUAUGUCCGCCGUGUUCAGAUCCUCCUUCAGCAGCCCCACGCGCGUCGAUUUCUCACCAUGGGCGGCAUCCUCUGGCGUAUCGCUUUGCACUAUGGACCCUCAGGUUUCUUUUCAUCCGCAAUCUCUGUGCCAUCCGCUGAUGCUUCGUUGCACCUCCAUUUUGAUCAAGGGGCGGAUCCCACCGUGGUGGACGACCGCCUUUCUGAUGCGGAAAUUUCCCUCUUACUUGGCAUCACUGAGAAUGGCAGCAUCUGGCCCACCCUCGAGAUUUGGGAGAAAAAUGAGCAUUGGUCUGGGGAAUGGAAUGCCAAAGCGGAGAGAUGGUUUCAAGCUCAUAUCCGAGAGAUUUCCACUGGUUCCCACUUUGCCAUUCGAACGAGGAAGCAAUGGAAAGCUACCGUUCGC